AUGAGAUGGCAUGUAGAUGGACGUGUUGACGAUCCGACGUGCAUGCGACACCCAUCAGAUUCGAAGGCUUGGAAGGACUUUGAUAACAAACAUAUGGGAUUUUCCAAAGAUCCUCGCAAUGUUAGACUUGGUUUGGCCAGUGAUGGGUUUAACCCGUUCAACAACAUGAGUAGACCGUACAGCAUUUGGCCAGUACUGCUUGUGCCGUACAACUUGCCCCCCUGGGCCUGCAUGAAAGAACCAUACACCAUGCUGUCGUUGUUAAUACCUGGCCCUAAGUCACCAGGUAAUGACAUUGAUGUCUUUUUGCGUCCGUUACUCGAUGAAUUGAAGGAGUUAUGGGAAGAGGGUAUUCGUACCUAUGAUGCAUACCGUGGGGAACACUUUAUGUUGCAUGCAGCGCUACUGUGGACAAUCAAUGACUUCCCCGCAUAUGCCAAUCUUUCUGGGUGGAGUACAAAGGGCAAGAUGGCAUGCCCUCAUUGCACAUCUGACACAAAUUCACAAUGGUUGGUAUAUGGCCGCAAGCAUUGCUAUAUGGGUCAUCGACGAUGGUUGGCCCCAGAUCACAGUUGGAGACGGAAAAAGAAUGCUUUUAAUGGUCAUGAAGAGCACCAACUCCAACCAUCAAGGGUCGAGGGAGAGGAAUUGCUACAACAAUUAAGUCAAUUGUCACAUGUUCAGUUUGGUAAAUCUUCUUCGAAAAGGAAACGAUCUCCCAAUCAUCUUAAUUGGACGAAAAAAUCAAUAUUUUUUGAGCUUCCUUACUGGUUAUCCUUAGGUUUGAGACAUAAUCUGGACGUCAUGCACAUCGAGAAAAACAUAUGUGAUAACGUCCUGGGAACAUUGUUGAAUAUUGAAGGAAAAACUAAGGACUCUGCCACUGCACAAAAAGAUUUGGCAAAUCUUGGAAUAAGGAAAGAAUUGCAUUUACAACAUGAGGGCGAGUCUACAACCAUGGGUCUUGGUUGCUAUAUGUUAAAUUUGAAUGAGCGAAGGGCUUUUUGUGCAUGGUUGUCAAAAGUUAAAUUCCCUGAUGGGUUUGCAUCCAAUAUUGCCCGGUGUGUCAAUGCUACCGAGGGAAAGAUCAGUGGAAUGAAGAGCCAUGAUUGUCACGUAUUUAUGCAAGCACUAUUGCCGGUCGUGAUUGGUGGGUUCUUACGGGCCGAUGUGCGUCAAGCCUUACUAGAGUUGAGUUGGUUCUUCAAAGAAUUAUGUUCUCGAAAGGAGGCUCUACUUGCAGGACCCGUGCAAUACAGAUGGAUGUAUCCUUUUGAGAGGUAUCUAGGAAAGUUCAAGCGGUACGUCCGCAACAGAGCCCGGCCUGAAGGCUCAAUUGCUAAGGCAUAUGUGCAUCUCGAGUGCCUUACAUUUUGCUCUAUGUACCUCCAUGAUAUAGAAACUAAGUAUAAUCGAGAGGAACGCAAUAGUGAUGUAGGUAUUGGUUCCACAGAGGAGGGGAAUAGGGCAAGUUUAUCAGUUUUCUCACAAAAAGUCCGACCAUUGGGGACAGGGCACUCCCACAAAUUAUCCGACAUACUAAUGGUCAAGGCCCGAUGGGAGCACUAUAACAAGAUGCAAGAAGAGAACCCUGAUAACAUCGAUCAUAGGCACCAGAGUCAGUUUCCAUCAUGGUUCAGGGCACGGAUUCGAGAGCUGCGUGCAGUUAGGCCAACAGAGGUAACCGAGGACAUAUAUGCAUUAGCAUGUGGUCCAGAUCCUUGGGUCACAUCUUAUAACGGAUGCAUAAUGAAUGGUGUGCGAUUCCAUACAAAAGAGCGUGAAAGGCAUCGCCGCACUCAAAACAGUGGGGUUGUGGUUCAUGGCGAGCAUCGGGGAUCCCCUGUUGACUUCUACAGUGUGUUGCAUGAUAUUAUAGAAAUACGCUACAUGGGUUGGCGUAAGGUUUAUAUAUUUCAAUGCACUUGGUAUGACGUUGGCGACCCGAGAAGGGGGAUACGGGUUAGGGACCACCUAACGUUGGUCAAUACUGCUAGGCAAUGGUAUAAAGAUGAGCCUUUUGCCCUUGCGUGCCAAGCAAGUCAAGUAUUUUAUCUGGCCGAUCCAAUUUUGGGUGGAAGUUGGCAGGUUGUCCAUAAGGUAACAAGUAGAAAUGUUUACAACCUUCGUGCAGUGGAUGCUGUUGGGGAUGCGCAUGAUGAUGGUGAGUCAACUUGGGGUGACUCAGAAGAUGAAGAUCGCAAUAAUCUGGACAACGUUCCCCCUAUUCUGAAUGUGGAUGAAUCCAUGCCCGAUCCAUUGAACCGACUCGAUCAAGAGCAUUUGCAAGUUGAUGCAACAAUGGUACAACGUCAAGACCCGUCCCAACCAGUUGACGAUGAUGUCUUUAAUGAGGCUGACCCACUUGACGAUGAAAUGGGGAUGGAGGACAUAAGUGCCACUGACAACUCGGACAACGAGUCCGACCAUCCUCUGACUAGGGAGGAUGAUGAUGAUUGCAGUAAGAUUUGA